UCAUUGGCAUUGAAACUGGAGGCUGGUGGAGACGAUACUAAAACUAUUCAUGCUAUUCAAAAACUUUGUUUUAUAGUUCAUCGUUAUUAAUGGAAUUUAAGAAUUCGUGUCAAUGCUGUCUGCUGCGGCCUCCGGACAAAAAUUUGAAGUUGCCAUAUACAUGCCUCGGAGUAACUGAGAUAUACACAGAGAUGCUCAAAGAGUGCUUUGAAAUACAUCUAACACUGUACGGUGAUGACGAGUGUGGGAUCUGCGAGGUGUGCGUGGGGCGGCUGCGGGACGCGAACGACUUCAAACUGCAAGUGCAGCGCAGCCAGGCCGAGCUGCGCGCGCGGCUCAACGGAGCUCUACAUGUGAAAGAAGAAGUACCUUCCGUGAAGUCUGAAGAGUCAGAUGACGGAGAGAAAGCCGAGCCACUCAUACACCUGGAAGUCAAAGUUAAAGGCUCGCGGGAUCCUCUACCGAACGAUGGGAAUCAAAGGUUCAAGGAUUUUGAGUCAGUCACAAAGAUAGAAGUAGAAUACAAUAAGCCAGAGACAAACAUCACGAAAAAGAAACAACUGGCAAAAGAAGAGUUCGUCAUCAGCGGUGAAGCGCUGCACGCGAGCCAGCCGUGUCCCGUGACGUCACACCGCGAGCCGAGCCCCGCCAGCAGUGUGGAGGACGCGCCUGCUCACACACCCGCCCCUAGCGCCGACCGACAACCCUACACCUGCGAUACUUGCAGCAAACAGUUUGCAAAGAAACUAAAUUUAAUCAACCACAUGAAAGUUCAUAACAAAGGCAAGAUUUACUCGUGUGAAGUUUGUAAUAGUGAGUUCAAACGUUUUAAGCAAUUAGUCGUCCACAAACGUGUUCACAAAGGAGAAAAACCUUUCAGCUGUGAAAUAUGUAACAAGCGAUUUAGGGAGACGUCGUCUUUAAUAGUUCAUAAUAGGAUCCACACAGGGGAGAAACCUUUCAGCUGUGAAAUUUGCAACAAAAGAUUUACACAAAAAAGAUGUUUACUUAGCCAUAAACUAACGCAUGCGGUUGACGCGGCUAAGGCUUACACCUGUAGCGUAUGUAACAAGGGAUUUACACAAAAAGGCAACUUGGUAGCGCACACACGUGUACAUACUCGUGAAAAACCAUUCCAUUGUGAAAUAUGUAAAAAACAGUUUGGCCAACAAUCUUCUCUUAUUCAUCACAUGCGAACUCACGUGGAAGGGAAACUGGGAAGAAACUACAAGUACGCCUGCAAACUUUGCAACAAGAAUUUUAAGUCAUUGUUCACCUUUAGCUGCCACGAACGUAUUCACAAUGGCGAGAAACCUUAUACAUGUGAAGUAUGCAACAAACAAUUUACCCGCAAGGAUCACCUAGAUAGGCAUAAAUGGCUCCACAGUGGGGUGAAACAAUUCUGUUGCGAAAUUUGCGGAAAACUAUUUAACGAGAGAUCAAGUUUAAAUUCGCAUAAAGUACUUCACUCGGGCUCUGCGCCGGCGCGCCGCCGACGUCGCCGACCGAAGUGCAGUCGGCGUGACGCGCAGGCGACACAAACUACCGAGUCUCUAUCAUCAGAUCAGCUGAUCAGCUUAGUACCCAAGGGAGGCGCGCCGGUGACCGAAAUGCCUUCAGCGUGAUGCCGUGAACCGUGCAACUGACGGGGACCAGGCGUCGUUUUAAGAAGACAGUAUUUAUACACGCAAUAAUACGAUAAAUAUACAAUAGUUUACUUUUUA